CAAACUUCUCAGUUUCUCUCUCUCUAGCUUCUAGCGUCUCCUUCAAGCUUUCUCAGUUUUCAGAAGAUCUGCGAUUCUCGAACGUCCGCCAUGAAAGGUCUCAAGUCUGCAACCGUCGCGAGCAAGAAGCCUGUUGCUGAGUUGCUGGGAGCCAAGGCUGAACCAAAAAAGACGAUGAAGAAGGAGAAAGUUCAGAAAGUAAGCAAGAAGAAGGAUGCUGAUGCUCCGAAGCGUCCAGCUGGAGCCUUCUUCAUCUUCAUGGAGGAGUUCCGCAAGAGCUUCAAACUGGAGUUUCCUGAUGUAAAAUCUGGACCGGCUGUUGGGAAAGCUGGUGGUGAGAAAUGGAAGUCACUGUCUGCUACUGAAAAAGCUCCCUAUGUCGAAAAAGCUUCAAAGAGGAAGGCAGAGUAUGAAAUAGCUAUGCAGGAAUAUGAGAAGAAGAAGCUGAAUUGCAAUGCGGAUGCUGAAAAGUCAGUGGUGACAGAGAAAUCGGCUUCAGCUUGUGAGAUCCAUGAUGAUGAAGCGGGGCAGGAAGUGAGCUCUUAGGCUACUUGGGGCAGGAAGUUUACUGAGGUGAAUAAAGAUGUCAGAGGAUGUUCUACGUUUUAGCUUUCCCUUAUCUUUCGUAGUAGUUUAUUCAAGCCUUUUGAGUAAUAUGUAACUUCCUUGUGGUCAUGGUAAAAGACUAGUACUGUAGUAUUUGCCUUCAUCAAAAUUACUAGAGCUUGUGUAACUUCAGAUUAUGCAGAUUGGUUUAGUGGUUGUUUCA